GAGGAACAGAACAAUAGCAUUCGUAUUUAUUCCCACUGCACUAUAUAUGCCUCCAGAAUGCCUUUACAGACUCUAAAGCUGCAACUGAAUUUGUUGCUGUUCUUUGGAUUUUCGAAGUGAUCAUCUUCAUGCAAAUGGAGAGUGAGAAGAAAGAUAAGGGUGCAAAGAAGAUGAAAACCAUAAAAGUAGGAAUAUGGGGAGGGCAUGGAGGCAGAGCUUGGGACGAUGGUAGUUACAAUGGCAUCCGAGAGAUUACACUCAAAUAUGAUCGAUGUAUUGACUCUAUCGAAGUGCUGUACUAUGACAAAGCUGGCAAACCUGUCAACUCCUCCCAAAAGCACGGCGGCACUGGUGGCAACUAGACUUCCCAAAUCAAACUGGAUUAUCCAGAUGAGUUCUUGAUCAGUAUAAGUGGCUACUACGCACUGGUUGUUUAUGGUGGUUCUCCGGUCAUCCGCUCACUUACUCUGAAGAGCAAUAGGAGAAGCUUCGGACCGUUUGGGAUUGAAGAAGGGACGCCAUUCACACUGUUGAUGGAUGAAGGUUUGAUUGUUGGUUUUUAUGGAAGAAGUGGGUGGUAUCUUGAUGCUCUUGGGUUCUAUCUCGGCCAUGUUCUCAAAACUACCAGUCUCUGCCAAUCAGUGCAACAAAAGCUCCAGAAGUUGGGCAAACAAUUCGGCUUCUGAUGUAAUCCAACCCUCAACACUCCUACUGAUACUAAGACCACCAAGUCUUUAGUUUAGAGCUUAUUUUUCUCUAUAUAAAUCUUUUAUCUGUUUAUCAUCCACCUAUAUAUAUUCAUAUAUAUGUUAUGUUUGUGAUGAUGGUUUGUUGUAUUGUUGUGAUCAUGUAAUUGUUAUUUGAUCUCCUAAACCACCAUUUGAUUA